GCGGGCCGGCUGCUGCGGGGCGCUCCGGCCAGCCGUCUCCUUCCUCCUCCUCCUCCUCCUCCUCCUCUCCCGCCCGCGGCUGUGCGGGCUCUCCCGAGGGUUUAAGAUCAUUUUAUCAUACAACUUCCUCACUGCCAUAAUGAGGCUAGUAAUUCUUGAAGAUUAUGAUCAGGCUAGUGAAUGGGCAGCAAAAUAUAUCUGUAACCGUAUUAUCCAGUUCAAGCCAAGUCAAGGAAGAUAUUUCACACUUGGUCUACCAACAGGCAAUACACCUUUGGGAUGCUACAAAAAGCUGAUAGAAUAUCACAAGAAUGGAGAUCUCUCAUUCAAGUAUGUAAAGACUUUCAACAUGGAUGAAUAUGUAGGGCUUCCCAGAAAUCAUCCAGAGAGCUAUCAUUCCUAUAUGUGGAAUAACUUCUUUAAACAUAUUGACAUAGAUCCAAAUAAUGCUCAUAUCCUUGAUGGGAAUGCUCCAGACUUACAGGCGGAGUGCGAUGCAUUUGAAAAGAAAAUUGAAGAAGCAGGGGGGAUUGAUCUGUUCGUUGGAGGCAUUGGUCCAGAUGGCCACAUUGCAUUCAAUGAACCCGGAUCAAGUUUGUCUUCAAGAACAAGAUUAAAGACUUUAGCAAUGGACACCAUUUUGGCAAAUGCUAAAUACUUUGAUGGAGACUUAUCUAAAGUACCAACUAUGGCGCUAACAGUUGGUGUGGGUACAGUGAUGGAUGCUAGAGAAGUGAUGAUUCUUAUAACCGGUGCACAUAAGGCUUUUGCGUUGUACAAAGCAAUUGAAGAAGGAGUCAAUCAUAUGUGGACAGUUUCUGCUUUCCAGCAACACCCUCGUACUAUCUUCGUGUGUGAUGAAGAUGCUACUUUAGAACUAAGAGUUAAAACUGUGAAGUACUUUAAAGGUUUAAUGCAUGUGCACAAUAAGCUUGUGGACCCACUGUACAGUAUGAAAGAAAACUGAAAGAAGAAUUGAAGAGGAACUCCGUGUGGGUCAACAGCAAGUUUUAGGUAGCAGAUGAGUUCACUGCUAUGCAAUAUGCUGAAAACUGUUUAAAAUGAGGAAUCCUAGGUACUGUAUUUUUUUUAAAGGUCCAAUAUCUGUACAUUCACAUUCCACCUGUUUGCUGUGUUGUGCAUUUUGCUUUAACAUUGGGAGCUCUGUUGUUGGCUGGCACAUAGCUACAUGAACAGAACAAAGCUGUGGGAGAGUGCAUGCUAUGUGUUGGGGGGGAGCAGAGCACUUACUCUAGCACAGCAAUGUAAUGCAUCUGCCUUGUGUUAAGAGAAAAUGAUCCUUUAUUUCCAGGAUUUUUUAAUUUGGGGCUUUAUUAGUGUAACUACAUUUUGCAUUUUUGUCUCUAGGCAGAAUGGUUUUGGCCUCUGUCAAUAGUACCAACUUGUAAUAGUUGUACAAUUUCUACUAUGAAAUGUUCUGUUUACACAUAUCUAAUGUACACUGAGCUUUUGCACUUGGUUGCCUUAAAUUUAUCUUGAACAGUUUUGGGGCAUCUCAAGUCCUGCUGUACAAUCCAGGCAAAUAAAAAUAUAAAAAAACAGUGCCUAAAAUGCACCAAAUUCUUGAACGGUAUAACUUACUCCACAUAUAUUAAACUUCUACGCUAGCACUUUUCCUCACAUCUAUUUCAAAUUACUGUAGGAAUUUUAUAUUUUUGGUAACUGAGCUUUAUACAGAAGGAAAAAUCUAAAUCUUCUUUUCUAGAGGUACCUGUUUAAUUGUACCAUUGAUAUUACUAUUAAAUGCCUGAAAAGAGGUUAACUUACAAGAACAUUAUGUCUGCAAGUUUAGCACAUAAUCAUUUUAAGUCAACUGUUAAUCACUUUGCAAUAGUUACCUCUCAUUGUAUCACUAUAAACAUUGAGCUGUUACAAGGAAUGUUAUUUCCUACUUUGAAUCUAAGUAAAACCUAAAUAUAAAUCUGUAGCUUCAAAAUUGUUUUGUUUCCAGUAUAACUUGACAUGAACAAAAUAUUUCAAAGUUUCAGGUUAGGAAUCUUGUGCCUUCUUCCGCCUCAGGAGCAAGUUGAGAGUUUAUUGAUACCUGGUUGGACCAGAUGGUCUUUCAAGGUCCCUUCAACCCUGGACUCUGUUCUAUGAUUGUAUGAAAUUACAAAAGUCUGUCUAAAGCACCAGGCCUAGUGUUUCAGUUAUUCAUGGUAGAUUCAAGAAGCACAGAUUUAAAAGAAGGUUUCUCAACUUUUGCACUUGCACUUUUGAAGCAUAAUGCAACAUUGGGGGGAAGUUGAAAAAGACCACUUCAGGAAAAUGCUGUUACAUGGAGUGCAUAGGCCCACAAAAUGCAUUUUUAGGCUUGCUUUUAGUCAUGCCACGUAAGUAGAGAUUUGACUUUACAAAAUACUCACUUUUUGUAAAACCAGUGUUUACCUUAUAAAGCUGUCAACUAUGCAAACAACUAUGUUGUUUUGCCUCUUAGCCUGCAGUCCAUCAUCAAAAUCUAAAUGUCAAAACAAGCAUUUUCAAGUUCAAGAAGUCUUAAGUUACUGGUUCUGGGGUAAAGGAGUGCCUCAUCUAUUUUAGCAUUUUAUUCUCCUUUCUCAGGAAAAAAAACCCAGGUAUUGGGGAGGGAGGGGUGAAAUAUGUGACUAGAUACAAUUAGGUCAUUUUGUGCCAAAAACUAACUGCUUAGUAGGGUUACAGUAAAUUAAGUAUUAAAGUCCUUUAUCUGAAAACUGACAUAUACAAGUCCUCUCAGAAUUAGACCAUAAAUUUGGGAGUUUUCUGCUUCAGAUGACUAUAUAAAGCUAAAAGACUGAGUUCUUCUAGUCUCAUUCUCAAAGCAACUUUAUCCCUGCAUGUAAUGUUCAUUAAAUAAUAUAUAUUUGAUGUGUCAUACUCAGCACCUUCCAUCUGGGCAGCCCAUUCCAGUGCUCCAUCACCCUCACAGUGAAGAAAUUCUUCCUUAUAUUUCUUUGAAACCUCAUGUGUUCCAGCUUGUACCCGCUGCCCCUUGUCCUAUCAUUGGACAUCAUUGAGAAGAGCCUGGCUCCAUCCUCCUGACAUGCAGCCUUUAUGUAUUUUUAAAUAUUAAUGAGGUCACCCCUUAGUCUCCUCCAAGUGAUGCUCCACUCCAUCAUUCUUGUGGCCCUGCACUGAAUUCUUUCCAGCAGCUCCCUGUCAUUCUUGAAUUGAGGGGCCGAGAACUGGACACAAUAUCCCAGCUGUGGUCCCCUUCUACAAGGCAGAGUAGAAGGGGAGGAGAACCUCUUGACCUACUGCCCACAGCCCUUUUAAGACACCCCAGGAUGCCACUGGCCUUCUUGGCCAUGAGGGCACAGUGCUGGCUCAUGCUCAUACUGCUGUCCACCAAAACCCCCAGGUGCCUUUCCCCUACACUACUCUGAGAGUUCAUUCCUCAACCUGUACUGGUACAUGGCAUACAUCCAUCAGGGCCCAUGGAUUUAUGUACAUCCAGAUUCCCCAACCAAUCCUUAACCCAGUCCUCAUCAACCAAACAAAACUCCUUUAACCUGACUUUCUCUGGAGUCUGGGGCUCCUGAGGACAGCCUCCAGCAGUAUAGACUGAGGCAAAGGCAGCAUUCAGUAACUCUGCCUUCUCUGUAGCCUGUGUUACCAGGGCACCUGCCUCAUUCAACAAUGGGCCUACACUGCCUCUAGCAUUAGUUUUAUCUGCAGUGUAUUUGAAUAAGCUCUUCUUAUUGUCAUUGACUUCCCCUGCAAGGUACAACUCCAAUGAGGUUUUAGUUCUCCUAGUUGCCUCCCUAUAUCCUCUAACGAGUCUUAUAUUUUCUCUAGACUCAGAGUAAUACAGGCUGAAAGGGAUCUCCAAAGGUAUUCAGUUCAAUUUCAUGUCUCCAAGGAUUUUCCCUGUUCAUCUUUGUACUUGAAAUAAAAGAACUAGUUUAUAAUUAAUCAAUCUCUCAUUAUAGGUAAAUGAGUAAAUUUAAGAGCAGCCUUUUCUGGUGAUUGAGUACUUCACUAAGUAUUACUGGUCUUUUCUUCCCUAAAACAUAUUUAGUAACAAGAAAUGAAGAUAUGUGAAGAUCCAAAUUAGGCCCUGAAGAUCUAAACAAUAAAAGCAGCUUAAAAACUGUUUGAGGUAGGCCUGUACUUGUAAACGCAUGGUCAUUAAGUUGUGUUAAUGAUUGCUUUGUUUACACUUGCAAAAGCAACAUUAAGCACACUUAACCAGAGCUUUCAACUGAGAACAGUAAAUGAACACAAGUAAAGCUCCAAAAAGUACACAAACCACUCCAAAGAGUUCUUUAAAGCCAGAAUUGGUUCUGUCAGUGGAGCAGUUACAUCUUACGUGUUCAGGUUUUUUUUGAGAUGUACAGAGCUAGGCUGGAUUAAUGGUAAAGUGACACACUAACAAGUUUAAAAUAAAUAGUGUGGUGCAUUAAAAAGAGUCAUGACAAGGUUUUUUCCUGAUGCGGUUUCCCAUCCUGGUGCUUUCCUGACCACAGCAACUUUAGAAAGCAGAAGAGGAAAUAGCCUGAUACUUUUGUGGCAAGAGUUCAAACUUUUUUUUUUUUUUUUAAACAGCACUGUUGUCUAUACAA